AGUAGUUAAAGACAAAGAAAUCUUGAUGAAGAGGAGUUUUGCUUUACUAUUUUCUAAAUAAAGGGGUUACUUCAACUGGCUUCUAAGGCUUUCUUCCCUCACUUAGGCGAUGGGCUUAUCUAAUUCCCCUGAGCUAUGUUAAGUGACCUUUGCAUGCCUGCCUGCCUGUCUGUCUGACAGGUUCCUGCUUUUUCUCACUGUCCCUGCUCCUUGCAUUCUAAUUCCAAACAUGGUAUCCAUGUAGGGUCACUCCUAUUUCGGUGGCCAAGAGAUAGGCAUUCCAAGUGAAACACGUGGACGUGCUCUUGCUCUCUUUCCCCUCCUGUGAAGCAGUGAAUAGCCUGAGACCUGCUUUCUUCAAUAACCUGGAGAAAUUCUAGUCACAGGCUAUAUAUAUUUUUUUCCUAAUGCAAAUUUUUGUUGUUAUUUUUCCUUCCAAUAUUUUUUGGUGUUCUUUUUUUUCUUCCAAUUCUAGCAGUUGGAUGUCGUUGCCAGGGAGGGGCUUGUAGCCAAACAGACUUACUAGGGCCACAGUGGGAAGGACUGGCAAGUUCCAACAGGGAAAAAGCCCCUUAACUCUCCAAGCUUUGGAAUCUCUCCAAAAUUGUGCUGAAACUUUCCCCUGAAGAAGUCAGUCUCAAUUGGGCCAGCAAGUUGCCAAAAGGUGAGAAGGUUUUUCAAGUCUUUUGAGUAGAUUCCUAUAUUUUUUUGAUUUCCCAUGUCAGGGCAGUUUUAAGCCAAAUACCCCUUUGAAAGAUGGGUCAUAAUGCUACGAUCUUGGACCAACUCCUUUGGCAAGUCCCCCUGUGCGGACGAUGGCGGCACGAUUCGGAAGGGGCACUUUAUCACCUCGCCAAUUGCUUUGUACUCCUGGGCUUCAUGGGGGGAAGUGGUGUCUAUGGUUGCUUCUAUAUUUUCAGCUUCCUAGCAAUUGGUUUCUUGUGCUAUGCAUUGUGGGGCUGGUUUUUUGCCUGCGGGCUAGACAUCUUUAUCUGGAGUUUCCUUCUGGUCAUGAUCUGCCUGAUCCAGCUGGCUCAUUUGAUAUUCCAACUGCGGCAGAAUAACUACGUGGGAGAGUUUGACUACCUCUACAAGACCCUGUACCUGCCUCUGCAGGUACCCCUGCAAACAUACAAAGAAAUUGUCCGCUGCUGUGAGGAGAGAGUCUUGUCGCUAGCUACUGAGCAGACUUAUGCCGUGGAAGGUGAGACACCUAUCAACCGCCUUUCUCUGUUGCUUGAAGGGAGGAUUCGUGUGAGCCAGGAUGGGCAGUUUCUGCAUUAUAUCUUCCCCUACCAGUUCAUGGACUCCCCAGAGUGGGAAUCAUUGCAACCCUCUGAGGAAGGGAUAUUCCAGGUCACUCUGACUGCUGAGAACGACUGCACCUACGUCUCCUGGCCACGGAAGCCCCUCUACCACCUCUUGGACAAAGAGCGCUACAUCUCCCGCCUGUUUUCAGCCCUCCUUGGCUACGACAUCUCAGAGAAGCUGUACGCCCUCAAUGACAAGCUCUUUGCCAAGUUCGGCUUGCGUUUUGACAUCCGCCUUCCCAGCCUCUAUCAUGUCCUAGGUCCUGCUUCCUCUUCCUCAGAGCCUGAAGCUGAGAAGGAGAUCGAGGAUAGCAAGGAGCCCGCCCUCCCUCCUCACCCUCUGUCUGUGGGGGUGCAGAAAGCUCCCUCCCUCCCCUCUUCUCCUGUCUCUGCUGCCCCAACUGCACCUCCCGCCCCAGCCAGGGCGUCUCGGCUUGGCAGUGAUAACUUGGGUGAGGACUCUACCAGUCUUGUGUUGGAAGAUUUUGCAGAGUUGCCAGGAUCCUUUAUGGAUUAUGGGAGUGAAGGGGAGUAUAUGAGAUGAGGGAAGUUCUAACAAGGGCACAGCCAUCUGGUUUAAGACCCCCGUCUUCUGGAAGUCCUCUUAGCAGUCAUCCUUACAUUAAAGCCAAAUGCUCAAAGGGACAGGCUCCUUUGGCUCCAACACACACCCCUGAACUUUAGGAAUCAACUGGUAACUCCUGUUGCGAUGACCAGUCCCACUCUGCACAAGCUUGUAUUCACAAGGAGGCCUCCAAUGAACUUGAUCUCCUGAAUUCUCAUGCACCAGGUUUCUCACAAGCACCUGUCUUUGGGACACAUAAGACUUCUGCACCUGUGUGACACCACAGUGAUCUCGACGUGUGCCAUUUUGUAUUUUCCCACUCAUUCCCUCUGGGUCAUUUAAUUAAAAUGCCUAGAAGCUA